AUGGUAUUGGCUGAUGACAACUUUGCCACCAUUGUCGCCGCUGUUGAAGAAGGUCGUGCCAUUUAUAACAACAUGAAACAGUUUAUCCGAUACCUGAUUUCCUCUAAUGUUGGUGAGGUCGUCUGCAUCUUUUUGACUGCUGCCUUGGGUAUCCCAGAAGCUUUGAUUCCUGUCCAACUGUUGUGGGUCAACCUUGUAACUGAUGGUCUGCCUGCCACUGCUUUGGGCUUCAACCCACCUGAUCUUGACAUCAUGAAGAAACCCCCCAGAAGUGCCAAGGAAUCUCUUAUCACUGGAUGGCUCUUUUUCAGAUACUUGGCCAUUGGUGGAUACGUCGGUGUUGCAACUGUUGGUGCAGCUGCCUGGUGGUUUAUGCUUUAUGAGGAGGGACCCCAACUGAACUAUUACCAACUGACCCACCACAUGCAAUGCCCUGCUGAGCCAACCCGAUUCAAGGAUAUUGACUGUGAGAUCUUCGAUGCCCCAGCAGCCAAGACCAUGGCCUUGUCUGUACUUGUUACCCACCACUCACAGUGCCCUGCACAGGAAGGCCGUUUCAAGGGUGUUGAUUGUGAAAUCUUUGAUGCCCCAGAAGCCAAAACCAUGGCACUGUCUGUCCUGGUCGUCAUUGAGAUGUUGAAUGCACUUAAUAGCUUGAGUGAAAACCAAUCUCUAGUAGUGAUGCCCCCCAACAAAAACAUGUGGCUGCUUGGUGCCAUUGUCCUGUCCAUGUCUCUCCACUUUGUUAUCCUCUACGUCGACGUCAUGUCGCAAAUCUUUCAGAUCACGCAUCUGAAUGUUACAGAAUGGAUUGCAGUCCUGAAGAUAUCUACUCCAGUAUUGUUAAUGGAUGAGACAUUAAAAUUUAUUGCCCGCAAAUUCUCUGACGACUAUCCCGGCUUCUUCUGA